AGCGCGGGCGGACGACGACGACGCAUGGGGGCGGCGGCGGCGGCGGCGGCGCUGGUGCUGGUGCUCGCGCAGGCGGCGUCCUGCCUCCAGCUGCGGCACCAGCACCGCUACGCCGGCGGGCCGUACCGGCCCCCGGGGGCGGCGGCGCGCGUCAGCCGGUACGCGAACCUGGACGCGCUGCUGAGGCGGCUGGACCACCACCCGACCACCACCACCACCACCACCACGACCACCACCACGGAGGCGCCGCCGGACGACGAGGCCUACUACGACGAGGACCUGGAUUCCGAGGAGGAGGACCUGGAGGACGACCAGCUGGACCCGGAGGACGGCCAGGAGCCGGCGACUGCACCCCCGGUGACGGAGGCGGCGCGCGCGGUGGCCGGGCAGCACUCGCAGUGGAAGUGGGAGCGCCUGGGGUCGCGGCCCGCCGUCGACGAGUACUUCCGCCAGCAGCAGCAGCAGCAGCAGCAGCAGCGCGGCCACCAGCAGCCGCCGCCGCGGCCGGCCGCGCCGAGCCGCUACAAGCCGCCCCCGUCCUCAGAGGCGGAGAUACGCGCCGCCGUGACCCACGCGCUGCGCGUGAACCAAGAGGGCAGCUGCCGGCUGCCGCGGCCCAAGGUGAUCAACGUGAAGGACGUGUACCCGCACACGGCCAAGGCGUACAUCCCGCACUGCACCAUCCUGCACCAGUGCGGCGACGACACGGGCUGCUGCCGCUCCGACGCGCUCAGCUGCAAGCCGCUCUCCACCCACCGCGUCGAGCUCUUCUUCUACACGACGGUGCUGGUCCCCGACGGCGGGCAGCGCAACCUGGUGGAGAAGCUGUCCUUCUACAACCACACGGAGUGCCACUGCGUGGACAGGUUCCUGAACGUGAUGCCGCAGGACGCGGCCUACGCGUCCAGCCGGUGGCAGCGGCUGGAGCCGCCCAGGCCGGAGCCCAAGUCCAGGAAGACCGGAAGCUGCCGGUGCCCCAGCGCGUACACGGCGCGCCACCUGGCCGGCGGCGGCAAGUGCUCCUGCGAGUGCUUCGACAAGCAGAAGGACUGCCUGCGGGCCAAGCGCGGCAAGACCUACUUCUCGCACCAGGACCGCAUGUGCAUCCGCAGCUCGGAGUGCGCGUCCCCGUCGUGUGAGUACGGCUCGUACAUGCUGCACGCGGGUCGCUGCCCCAAGCGACAGGAGAAGCUAGACGCGUGGGCGCGCUACUUCCAGCGCCAGAGAGGCAACUGACGCGGCGGACACGAGAGAGCGCGCGCAACGCGUUUGCACCCGCGCUCUGUGGAGUACUCGAGGAACUAGUGCGCGCGGCACGAACUUAGGCCGCACAUCCGUGAUGGUGCUGCCAACUGCUGCAUCGAACUUGUUUUUUUUUUUCAGCAAGACGUGGGUGGCUUUUUUUUUUUUUAAUUUCUGGUGCCAAUCAUUAUGUGUAUUUAUGUUAAGGCUCGCCAUUCGCAUUAUACUUUUGCAUUCUUUGGAUUAAGAAUUGUUUAGUUAAGUAGGUUAUAAAUGUAUGAAACUAAUAUUUGUCCAGACCAGAUACAUUUUAUUAACACUCAUUCAUGCGUUAUUUUUAAAAUUUAAAUAUUUGUACCCAUUGUAAUUAAUAACAAACUGUAGUAUGUACUUACUAACCGUCAUCGAAAACUCAAGAUUUUAAAAUAUAAAUAUCCUACAUGAUAAUAAGUAGUAGGUACUGCCAUUUUAUAAACCUACGAAUAUACUGCACAACAGAGUAGAUAUAUCAUUUACAUUUAACAGAAUGCCAUUAACAAUGUGUCAUAAGAAAGAAAAGAAUGCUUAAUAACCAAUUUGUUGAAUACAAUCUUAUGCAGUGGAGUUCAUUCAGCUCACUGUGUCCAACAUUUAAUAAUCAUAUCGUUACUAGUCUGUAUAAUACUAACCGUAGCCUAUAAAUGUAUUAUUUUGUAAAAUCGACACUCAUUGCCUGUCUUUAGUAAAUACAGAUUACUUAAUAAAGCCAGUAAAUGUAUUGUUUUAAUUGUGAUGCUUUUUAGAGUGAAUAAUUUUGUUGCUAUGAACAGUAAAGUCAUGUGUAAAAAAUAAUUUUAAGAGAUCAGUUAUUAGUCAAUGUAUGAUAUAUAGUUUAAAAACAUAUAUUUUAUACUUUUAUGCCACAGUAUUUUCUAACUUCUUUUGCAUUAUAUUGAGCAAUUGGCAUGUUAGUUGUCUGAAAGAAUGUACCAUAAGUAAACAUGAUAAAUUUACGAAGGAACCCAAGUACGAAUUAAUAUAAACAUAGAAAAAGGAUAUUUAAACGAUGCAAUAUAAACUUAAGCGUUGACAAUAUAUUGAUUCGUAACUAUUCUCACUGAUUUUUGCAUUUUUAUUUUUUUCAUAAUUUUUAAAUUUUUUUCUUUUACCGCUAAGGUGCUGAGAAAUUUUCUUUUUAAACGGUUGUAAAACCAUUAAUGUGCCUUGUAUCCUUGAAUAUAUAUUAUAUAUAUUCAAUGCUUGUAAUGAAAUAUGUUUAUCUUUUGUAAAAUAAUUGAUAAUUUUUAUUUUUUAUAAUAGUUAGUAAUGCUUAAGAAAUUAAAUAAAUAAAAACAAUCAAAACAUAACGUUGAGUGAUCAUAGGUAACGGUACUUUAUUAUAUCAAUGUUUAUUUUGUCUUUAAAAAAGUUUAUAAAACAUUAUGCCAUACUUGUAAUGCCAGUAAUUUUAUCCAUAUGCAUUUUAGUAAAAUGUGAAUGAAUAAAAUGUGUAAUAUAAGACAUCAUGAAUGAAUGUGUUUCAAGUGUUUUUUUUUAUGUUAUGUUUUUGUGGUUAGGAUUUAGUUUGUGAGUUACAUUUGUAGAAAAGUGUUUCGUAAGUAGGUAUGUGAAAAUUAAAAGAGACAAUGUUAAGUACAUUUGUAAAAGAAAUUAAUACAUUCCUGCUACCUUUUUCUGAAAAAAAAAAUAUAUUAACAUAAUGCAUGUUCUUCCAGAAACAUCGAGCUUUAUUAUGUCUGAUUUUUUGGCUAAAUGACUUACCUAUAAGGCAACUCAAAAUCGCAGUUGUAUUUAAUAUUGAGUAUGCAUCUAGAAUCACUAAACCUAGAAAAUUCACACACAAUUUAAAUAUUCAGACAAACCUAUACAUACUAGUUUACUUAUAUCCCGUAGCUUUAGAUUACGUGUAUGAUUUUUUUACAAGAGUAUAUAAUAGGCAUAGUUCUCAAAACUUUUCAACCACUUUGAGAAUUAAUAGAACGAUUUUUUUAAUAUUUAUUUGUUUUUAUGGCUUGAAACUCUACCUAUAUGCAAUCAAUGAGACUGUCUAACAUUUACAGAAAGUUAAUACUCGAAUUGGAUUUUUCAGUAAGAGCCUCAAUAAGUAAGUGAUAGUCGAUUAUUUAUUUUAAUAUUUUUCAAAUUUAAUUAAAAACGCUAAGUUUAUCCGACUGAAAUGAUACCUGGUACUUUUUGUUCUAGCUAAUUACAGGAAUGUUGGCAUUUUAUUGUGUAUCACAAAAAAAAAUUGGUAAAACAUUUAAAAAAUAAUAGUAUAUGAGAUUUGAAACCAUUGCCUUGA